AUGUCGGAUAGUGAAGUUAAAGACCCAAUAUUAGGUGCUGAAGAAGUUGAAACGUCUCAUAACACAACUGACAUAUCGGAUCAAUUGAAUGAAACAACAUUGAAUGAACCAGAAGAAGAUCAACUAGAAGAUCAAAAACCAUCAACAAAGAAUAAGAGUAAUGAAUCUAGUAUAGGUGACAAGAAGGAAUCUAAGAUUGAUGUUCAAUCAUUAUAUAUCAAAUCAUCAGUUAAACAAGCUCAAAAGGAGAAUGAUGGGCAAAAUGCAUAUAUUUCAUAUCUUAUUGAAACAGAAUCAAAUAAUCCAGUAUUUCAAAGCUCAAAGUUCAUUGUGAGACGUCGUUUUUCAGAUUUUUAUUUCCUUUAUCAAGUAUUAUUAGGUGAUUUCCCUGCAUGUGCUAUACCUCCAUUACCAGAUAAACAAAGAUUAGAAUAUAUUAAAGGUGAUAGAUUUGGUUCAGAAUUUACAUCAAAAAGAGCAGCUUCAUUAAAUAGAUUUUUAGAAAGAAUUUCAUUACAUCCAUUAUUGAAAAGAUCAAAAAUUUAUCAUAUUUUCUUAGAAAGUCAUGAUUGGAAUUCUUAUAAAGUUAAUUUGAAAAUUAAGACAAGUUCUGAACUUGGUGGUGGGAAUGAAGGUAUAUCUGAUGUUUUCAUGAAUGCAUUCAAGACAGCAAGCUCACAAAGUAAAGAAUUCCAAGAAAUUAAGGAAAGAUCAGAUAAAUUAGAUGAAAAUAUUAGUAAAAUUGAUCGAAUUUUCAAUAAAAUUUUAAAAAGAUAUAGUGAUUUAGAAACAGAUUCUUAUGAUUUUAGUUUACAAAUUAAAAAAAUUGCAGAAUUAGAACCUGAAUUAGAAAUACCAUUUUUAAAAUUUAGUGAUGGAUUAAAUUCAUUAAGUCUUGGAUUUUCAAAUUUGAAAAAUUUCUUAGAUAAUGAAUAUAUAAUUUCAUUAAAAGAUCUUGAACAUUAUAUCACAUCCAUAAAGAAUCUUUUAAAAUUAAAAGAUCAAAAACAAAUUGAUUAUGAAGCAUUAACAGAUUAUUUAAAUAAAUCAAUUACAGAUAAAAAUAAUUUAUUAACAGGAUCAGGAAGUUCAACAAAUUUUUUCACAAAUAAAUUUGAAGAAUUUACAGGAGUUAAUCAUGAAGUUUCUAAACGUGAAAAAUUAAAUAAAUUAGAAAGAAAAAUUGAAAAUUUAACUUCAGAAGUUAAUAAUGCAAAAACUGUUGUGGAAUCAUUUGAAAAACAAACUGUUCAUGAAAUUCAAUAUUUUGAAAAUAUAAAAUCUAUUGAAUUGAAAAAUACUUUAGGUGAUUUAGCUGAUAAUAAUAUUAAAUUUUAUAAAGAUUUAAUUGAAAAAUGGAGUACAAUUGAAAAAGAAUUAAAAGGAGUAUAG